AUUAAUCCAACCAAAACCCUCGCCCCAACCCAGAUAGAUUCUGAUUCAGAGAAACAAGGCUAAAGAAUAGUGUAAUGGCGGAGCAUUUGGCUUCGAUAUUCGGGACGGAGAAGGACCGCGUGAACUGCCCCUUCUACUUCAAGAUCGGAGCUUGUAGGCAUGGAGACCGCUGCUCCCGCCUCCAUACCAAGCCCAGCAUCAGCCCCACUGUUCUCCUCUCCAAUAUGUACCAGCGCCCCGACAUGAUCACCCCUGGUGUUGAUGCCCAGGGCCACCCCAUUGACCCCCGCACCAUACAAAGGCAUUUCGAGGAAUUCUAUGAAGAUCUGUUUGAGGAACUAGGGAAGUACGGAGAAAUUGAGAGCCUCAAUGUUUGCGAUAACCUUGCUGACCACAUGGUUGGUAAUGUCUACGUUCAGUUCAGAGAGGAGGAACAUGCUGCCAAUGCUCUCCGGAAUCUUACCGGAAGAUUUUAUGCUGGCCGUCCCAUCAUUGUUGACUUUUCUCCGGUGACAGACUUCCGUGAAGCCACCUGUAGGCAGUAUGAGGAGAACACAUGCAACCGUGGUGGAUACUGUAAUUUUAUGCACUUGAAAAGGAUUAGCAGGGAGUUGAGGCGUCAAUUGUUUGGGAGGUACCGACGAAGGCACAGUCACAGUCGCAGUCGAAGCCCCUACAGGCAUCGUAGCUAUGAAGAGCGCUCUCACGGAAGCCAUGGUUCAGGAAGAAAGUAUGAUGAAAGGGACCGUUAUUAUGAAAGUCAGAGCAGGAGGCAUAGGAGUGAAGGCCCUGGCCAUAAGCGAGAACGAAGCAGAAGUAGGAGCCCUGGGGGAAGGAGGAACCACAGUCCGAUUAGGGAAGGCAGUGAGGAGAGACGUGCCAAAAUUGAGCAGUGGAACCGGGAAAGGGAACAACAUCAACAGCAAGACAAUUCUAGUAAGAUUGACAAUUAUGGAAAUAAUGAUGGAAGUUAUAAUGGACAUGUGCAGAAUGGAGAUCAGUAUGAUGACUGCCAGCAGCAGCGGAGUCCACUACAAGAAGGAUAUAAUUACUGAUCUUUUUAUCUGAAUCUGGUUCAGGUAUCCCUGCUUCUCAGGACCAAGCAAUUGUUUUAAUUGCUGCUUACCAUAAAAUUUGUUUACAGGUUGGGCGCAGCGGCAGGGGUGGUAUGUGUUUACAGGAUGUAUCUGGUCUCGGUUUGGUUGAGAAAGAAAGCAGCUGCAACCCAAAUCGUUAGGUUUUGAGAGCCGUAGGUGGUGGGUGAAUGUUUUAUUCGGUAGUGUGUUCUGGUCACAUUGCAGGUCAAGGAUGGGAUGGGAUGGAUGCAGCGAAAGACAUUUGAUAUUUUUGGGGCCAAUUUGGUGUAAUGGUAUUUUAUUAUUCUCCAUUUGUAUUAGAUGGGUUUUAACCUUGUUGACAUAAUUAGGAUUUGCAUAAUCUUUGUUUUCAGAGUGUAUUUGACACUUUUGGUAUGAUUGUGUUUUUGGUUAUUCGACGUUUGAUUUUCUUCA